GACGAUCUGAAGUGCACAGUUAUCCCUCUGGCCAGGCCAUGAUGAUGCACAGUCCACGGGCAGCGAUGGCCUUGUGAUCUCCGUGCCUGAGGUGUCGUGCGCACAACUUCAGCGAUGAGCGGAGGAAAGGACUGCAAGGGAGGGCAGGGGGUGGGGCCACCUGCUGCCCAGGUGCCGAUUGGCUGGCAGCGCAGACUGCACCUCAGUGGAGUGGUCUAUAUAAGUCCCAGUGGCUCUGUGCUGUCCUGCCUGGAACAGGUAAAGGCCUACCUGUUGACAGACGGGACCUGCAAGUGUGGCCUAGAAUGUCCCCUCAUCCUGCACAAGGUGUUUAAUUUCAACCCCAGGGCUGCAGUCAGGCAGAGGACGGCAGAGGACAUGAAGGCCGAUGAAGACGUCACAAAGCUUUGCAACCACAAGAGGAAGAUCAUUGCCGUGGCUGCCCUGCACAAGAGUAUGGCAUCACCACAACCUUCUCUCGUUCUCUCCUGUCCUGGGGGUUACACAAGUGCCACACCAAUGGUCCCCUCGCGGUCUGCGACUCCUCGAGCAAUAAAGACUAGAUCGCCAGAGGGACUACCUAGCUGCGUGCCCCCGGACUGCAAGCACCCUUUCCGUACGGUGCCGGCGGCCCAGCGGCACUGCCAGGCAGAGCAGAGUGCGGCCCAGCAGCAGGAGCUGUACGGUGGCUACACUCGAGCCCGUCUGGGCAGCGGGGAGCAUGGACACAAGUCCCUGUAUCGAGGUGGGGCUGCCGUCAUGCUCAGCCCAAACUCCUACGGGGACGGCUCCCUGUCCCCCAGGACUGACCCCCUCGGGAGCCCAGACCCCUUCGCACGUGGCAACCCUGGUUUCCAUGGUACCGGCAGCCCCCUCCAUGGCAACGGGCGGAUGCCCCUGUCGCCGCCGGGGGUGUUGCUCCACGGUUCGGCGUCCUGCGCCAUGGCCGGCAGGACUAACGUGCCUCUCUCCCCCACCAUCGCGGCCAAAAGCCCCGUCAUGAAGAAGCCUGCAUGCGGUUUCCCCACCGGGGUGGACCUGCCCAGAGCCAUGUUCCACCACCACAAGCCCCCCCAGCACCCAGCACCCCCUCCACCCCCUUCCUGUGCCCUCCUGAAAAAGCUGUCCUCUGAGAAGGACCCGCUGGGCAUCCUGGACCCCAUCCCCAGCAAGAUGGUCAGCCAGAACCCCAUCCCAAACCAGUCCAACUUCCAGCCCAAUGCCCACUCUCAGGUACCAAUGAUGAAUGUAGUCAUCCCCCCAACCAUUGUACCCCUGCCCAGCAACCUGCCCCUGCCUACAGUUAAGACAGGGGGUCAUGGGGGUCACGUGCGGGCCCAGCAUUCUGCCUCUGUGUCCAUCUCCCCUUCCCCAGUCACCUCCCCCUCGCAUCUGACCUGUUCAGGCAUGGUGAGAGUGGAGGCUUCACCCCAGCGCUCCCGCUCCUCCUCCACCUCCUCCGACCACGGGAGCUUUGUCAUGCCAACGGGGCUCCAGAAGGUCCCACCCAGGUCUCCUCGGUCCUCCAUGGGGUCCCCACACCCCUCCUUGCCUUCCAGCCCCUCCACAAAGUCUGACCCUCUGCACCAGUACAAGGACGUCCCUAGCCAGCUACUUGUGGGGGUUAACAGCUCCAAGUUCCCCCCUGGCUCAGCGUCUGGGACCAGGCCCCAGAAGGGCCAGUCUCCGGGGCUGCUGGGAAUGCCCCUCAACCAGAUCCUGAACCGCCACAAUGCCACCUCCUUCCCAGCAAGCAGCUUACUGUCCGCGGCGGCCAAAGCACAGCUAGCCAAUCAAAAGCUGACCGGCGGGGGCAGUGGCGGUGGUGGUUGUGGUGGAGGAGGAAAUAGUGUGAAUAGUGUUAACAGCAGUAACGCCGUCUGUGUGGGCGCGCCGGAUGGGCACAGCACUUUACACCCCCCCGUUUUAAACCCCCCCAUGUUUCCGCCUAAUCCCGAGGUCCAGAGCGGGAGAGCCGCCCUGCGGGACAAGCUCAUGGCCCAGCAGCGGGACCCGCUCCGCAAGCGCAAGCAGCUCAACGGCCCCGGCGGCAAUGGCCCCGGCGGCAACGGCCCCAGCGGCAACGGCCCCAGCAACGGCAACAGCUCCAUCUUCAGCAUGCUGAAGUCCCACAUUGCCGGCCCCCGACCCCCAGGCCCCAGGGAGGGGCUGAGGACAAACACUCCAAACAACUCCAUGGCCCAGCUGCUGCAGUCCAUGAGUGGCCACAGCUUGCACGCAGAGGGGAACCCUGUCACGGCCUGCAUGGGGCUCAACCCAGGCCUGCUGCAGUUUGGGGAGGGGGCUCAGCAUGUGCUCCAUGGCCAGGGGGAGGCGCACAGCGGGGGCCACAUCUCCCGACAUCCGUUCUCAGGGAUGGGGAGCCAGAUGCCGGUCACCACCAGGGGGAACAACAGGCCCCUUGGGCCGGCCUCUCUCGGGAAUCCCCCAUCGGGCCCCCCCAACCCCCAUGCGCAACGGCUCACUCACCACCACCAUGAACCCCAGGGCUGCCGCUACAUCCUGGGGCAGCCCAACAUGGCUUCCCCCCUGCGCAACAUGGCGUCGCCUCUGCCCAACAUGGCUUCCCCCCUGCCAAACAUGGCUUCCCCCCUGCCCAACAUGGCUUCCCCACUGCCCAACAUGGCUUCCCCACUGCCCAACAUGGCUUCCCCACUGCCCAACAUGGCUUCCCCUCUGCCCAACAUGGCUUCCCCCCUACCCAAUAUGGCGUCACCUCAGCCCAGCUGCAAUGAUGGACGCUGCUCUCAAGCUGUCCUGGAGUCAGGUGACACCCUCUGUAGUGUCAACAGCCUCAAGCUGGGAAAUCUGCAGUCUAACAACAGUAAUCAGAUGUUCCAGAAGGGGCUCCCAGACCCCCACGCCUUCCCAGGAAACCCCUUUCCCGACGGCUGCUCAUCCAGCCCCAUGGCUUGCCUUUUUCAAAACUUCCAGGUGGGUUUGCCUGAGAGUAUUUCAGAACCCAAGGAGCAGAUGAGCACUCAGUCCAGGGUGGCCUUGCAUCCUGGGUCAGCAGGAAUGGCGGGAAUGGCAUCCCUGCCGGAAUUGCAGCCCCAGGGCCUCGGCCUGUGUGUGGGGCCCAACAGACUCGAGGGCCUCCCGGGUGGUGGGGGCGAAUCAGUGGAUGCCAUAUACAGAGCCGUGGUGGACCCCGGCAGUAAAGGUGCACAUGUGGUGAUCAGCAGCACACAGCCCAGCCCCGUCCCGGCGCUGAGUGCCAUGAGUGCCUUCACCGCCUCCAUUGGGGAAGCCAUGAACCCCCCCCAUGCCAUCCAUGGUCACCAGGACAACCAGCUGCAGCCCCGCCCCCAAGGAGGUCAACUCCGCCCUCAUCAAGGACAACCCCGCCCCCAUCAAGGACAACCUCGCCUCCAUAUUAGCCAACCACGCCCCCAACUAGGUCAGCCACACCCACAGGUAGAUCGACCACGACCCCAUCUAGGCCAGCCACACCCCCGGGUAGAUCAGCCCCGCCCCCAUCUAGGCCAGGCCCACCCCCAGGCAGGUCAGCCCCUCCCCCACAUAGGCCAGCCCUGCAAGAACUCGGAGCAGGGCUCAUGCACCCCUGAGGGCGGGGGGGAAGCCCACGAAUUCUUCAGGUCCCCCGGUCGCGGAACCCCCCGAAGACAGUGGGAUGAGGUGGGGCCAGGAGCAGGGGCAGGGCCCAGGAUGGAUGGCCACGCCCCAUGGCGAGGAGUGGAGGAGUUUUUGGAGUGCUCCACCCCAGUCCAGAGCAGCCCAUGCACGGAGAGGCCCAACAGCCUGGGCCCCGCCUCAGGGUCCCCCCAGGAACACAAACACCUGCCCCCAACGCUUCGGCCGGGAGACAAGGUCUUCCUGGAAGAGGGCUACCCCUUCAACAACUGCAAGCGGCCUGCGCCCAACUUCAAGGAGCGGCUGGAGCAGACGGUCGAGCACUGUGCCCACAUGAACGGCGGGGCCCACCAACACCUGAGGGGCUACGGAGACGUCCUGGGCCCCCCCCGGCAGGAGCUGAUGGCAGAGGACCAGUCUCCUGGCUCUUCCACCAGCCUGGAGGGCCCCUUGGUGAGAGACUACAUCCACUACAACGGGCACUACAAUGGGCACUACAACGGCUGUGCGCCUAGCCCCUCCGACACCAAGAGCCUGAGCAGCGAGGAAGACCUCCGGCACCCGGACUCGCCUUCCUCCAAUGAGCUGCUCCACUACCGGCCCCAGGCCUUCAACAUGGGGGACCUGGUCUGGGGCCAGCUCAAGGGCUUUCCCCCCUGGCCAGUCAAGCUGAUGAGUGAGGACCAGGUGCACCACCCCGGCAUGCAGAACAGCCAAGCAGACAAGGUGGAGCCCGAGAGGUUAAAAACACUAAGCCAGGACCUGGAGGCACUCAGAGCUACCAAGCGCAAUAGAAAAGGUGGGAAGUUAAAUAAUCACUUAGAAGCUGCUAUACACCAGGCAAUGAGUGAUCUGGACAAGAUGUCGGGCAGUGUUCACCAGAUGCUACCAAGAGACAGACAGAUCAAGCCUCCCAAAGCCAAGAGGAGGAAGAUCUCUAGAUAACAUUGAAUGUGUUGGUCCUCAGACCGGUAUCAAGAUAUAACCUGUGUACAUGCUGGUCAUCAGUCCAGUAACAAGACAAGACCUGUGUACAUGCUGGUCAUCUGUCCAGUAACAAGACAAGACCUGUGUACAUGCAGAGUCUUACAACCAGAUUCUCCACCCUUCCCCCCUCCAGUCCACAGUGCUAGUAGCAAACAGUGGUGCAGUAUUUUUCAACCUUCCCCCCCUGUCCCAGGACAGUUGAAGGUGCUGGGUGAAGCCAAUCAGAAAACUGUGCAAAUGACAUUUUGCCAUCUGUCUACAGCUUGCGGAAUAAUUAUUUUUUUCAAGAAUACUAAAAAAGAAAAAGAAAAAGCCGUGCAUAUGAGAAAAGACAGUCCAAAUAUUUCUGAUACAUUUUCAAUAUGUAUAUAAACAAUGAAUAGAAAUGUCAUGGUGAUAUUCAGAAAAGAAAUGUAAAUAUUGUACAAUAUUGUCAUGUACAAGCAUACCUAAUGCACACUAUCUUUUAUUGUACAAAACAAAGCAGAAGAAAGUGUACAAAUUUCUUUGGUUUUUAUUCAGAACAUGGUCAAUAUGACCACCAGUGUAAACCGGAUAAAUAAAGAGAGAUACAGCCUAAAGCUUUUAUAUGAUUACGUUGAAACAAAGCUGUUUGUAUUAAACGGCAGGGUAAAAGGCAUGAUUAUGUAAACCGCUGAUUAUGAGACACUUCACACCCAAUAAGUGUUCAUUUAUGUGUGUCUAAACAGAAUGGACUUUACCAGCUGAAAGUACCUCUGGGCUUUUCAUGAAACCGGUCAGUGCAACACAGGAACUAGGGAAGCAGGCUACACGCUACAUGUUCUUUUCAACAGAAAUGCAGUAGCAUAGCAACCAGUCUACACACUACAUGUUCAUGUUCGUGCGGCAAGCAUACAUUAUCAUAGCAAGCAGGCUACACACUACAUGUUCAUUGAAAACACAUACAGUAGCAUAGCGAGCAGGCUACACACUACAUGUUAAUUCAACACACAUAGCAUAGCAAAGAGGCCACACGCUACACGAUUUUUUCCCACAAUGUUCGUGUGUUACUCAAGAAAAAGAAAAGGCCAUGCCAUGGAAGAGGCCCGUACUUAUACUUCAAAAAGGAAAUUCAGUUAUUUUUCUUGAAUAUUUUUGAUACAACAAAUAUCAGAUAAGAUGUUUACAUAAAGGACUUGUUGAGUGUUGGAUACCUGCUUUGUUGAAACUUUAGAGGAUGUUUAACUCUUAAAGGUAAACUGACUUGUCCAUAGCUAUGUCCAUUUGUAAACGCCUUCUUUUUCAUCACACAUUAAUCAAUAUUAAUCUUUUUGUAUCUCUUUAAGAUUUAGUAUGUUAGCAAUUUUGAGCUACAGAUUGAAAGGGGACAUCGCUAGAAAAAAAUGGCUGUUAAUAUGUAUGUGUAUUGAAAUUAGAUAAUUUCUUUAAUUUAUCUACAGGUUCUGACGUCAGCCUGACUGCCCCCUGUCCAAUAGACUUUUUCUAUUUGAACUCCCAACAAAAAGUAAUUCUCAACUCUGAUCUCAUGAUUUAUUAAUUCUCUACAAAAGCUUCCCUUCAAUCGAAACCUAAAAUGUUUACCCUUAAACCAAAGUAAUAUUCUUUUUAAAUCUUUGACACUUUCUUAAAAUGUUAAAUAAAAGGAAUAGUUUCAUUUUUCACAUCAUUCUUGCUUAUCAAAAUGCGCUAAUCGAGCCCUAUCGGUCGGUUAUUGCAAAGAUAUUGUGUACUGUAUGCUGACGUAAUAAAAGUCCAAAAUGUAGAAAUGUACAAACCAUAGCAACAGAUUUAGGAAACCUCCUUUGUUGUAAACUGCAGUGCAGGGAGGAGCAAUGCAUUCUGGGCUUUUUGAGUUUUAAAUUGGCCUAAGUUUUGUUUUGAAACAAAGAAAUAAUGAUUUUCUUGGUUAUUAAAACAAAGGAAAGGCUUUUUACUAUGGCUAUGAACUGUAGUAACUAUAAGGAACAACAUUCGAUUUUACAUUUGCGUUAAAGUUACCCUUUCAACCAAGCCCCUGACGUGAGCUUGUAUAAUGAAUCUGAUGGUUCAGUCCUGCAGGACAUUAUACUUCCAUUUUAUGAUUGGAAAAUACAAAGACAAGCUGUACUAUGUUCCCUGAGAGGAUACAAUAUUUUAGGUUAAUUUAUCUUUACCUUUUCAAAGUCUAGUUAAAGCUGCAGAAAUAAAAGUAAUAAGAAUAGCUACUAUUGUCAUAUCACCCUGCUCAAAAGAAUCCCUGCUGCCACUGGUUUGGAUUUUAAUUUGUUUUUAAAUUUGUGGCCUUCAUUAUUUGUUUUUAUUGUUUUUUAUUAUUGCUGUUGGUGUAAAUUAUUAAUGUAUUUCAUAUUUAUUUGGAGCUGUAUAAUUAUAAUAGUUGGCAAUAAUACUAAUAAGAUUUAUAAACUCUGGAAUGCCUUAGUGUAUAUAUAUUUUUCCUUAACAAAAUGAACAGCGUAUUAUUCAGUUAGCCAUUAACAAAUAUAAAUAUAUAUUGACUUUAUAGAUUUUCUUUUUUCAGAAACAACCAAUGCUUGCAUUUUGUGUUUUUACAGGAUUUUUUUGGACUUUGGUCAAAUCAGCUUGAGUGCUGAUCUUUCGCUCUCUCUCAGGAAGACCGUGUUACUUACUAGACUACAGACUUAGACUUUUAUCUGGACGGACUGACUGGCUUAAUCUGGAAGCUUCUGUGAAAAUAAGAUGAAGUAAUUUUUAGGGACUUAUAUAAAUAGGAUACAGUAAUGACAAGAAAGCUUAAGAAGUGAUGGGUAACCACGGGGUAAAAUGUCUGAGGUGACAAACGGCCAUAGUUCAGUACCACAGUACCACAGACCAGGUUGUAUGAUGGUAAUGGAGCCUUCAUGGUGAAUGUAGAGCCCAGUCUGUCAUAUGUUUUACUCUCAGGAUAUCCCCCCCCCCCCCCCCCCAUAUUACCACAGAAGUAAAUAUAUGCAAAACCUUUCUGUUGGCUGGUGGGCUGUGUACUAAAGGUGAGAGGAGACGUGUGAGCUGCUUGAUUAUUUCUCAGUCCAGUAAUCAAGGUGUUGAAAACAAGCUAUCAUUCGAAAAACAACUCUUGGAGUCCGAAGCUAAGGGAAAAAUGGUUGUGAAGGUCAUUGUUAAGUCUAAAUAAUGGUGUGACUUGCCUAUCCAUUACAACAAAAUGUCUAAAUGCGCAAACACUAUGGAUUGUGCCUAGUUUUCACCUCUUCAAUUAAUGUGCAGUCAACCAACACCAACUGUUAAUUUAAGGUCUCUAAAGAAAAUGAAUGACAAAAAUAUCAAGUGCAAUCGAGCAUAGAGUAUAUAGUUAAAUACAAUGUAGUCUGAUACUCCUUACUCUCCCCCUCAUAAAUGGCACUGUCCGAUGGCAAGUGCACUGAAAAACAAAUCCGUGUCAAGUAAACUCAAAUCAUCUUAUCGGUGGAAGUUACACUUUAGAAUAAAUAUCCCACAAUGCACCAAAAGUCCCAUGACCAUACCCAAGAGGAAGAGACUUCAUUUCCAUUGGUAAAGUUCAUUCUGUCUUAUGUGCAAUGACAUGGAGGCCUGCCACAGUCCUAUUUACAAACCGUGUGUAAUUUCUGUCAUCCUGUUUGUGAAUGUUGUCCAUUGGUUUGUACCAACUUGUUUACCAGAUGAGUAUGUCUGCUCAGAUUAUUGUUUGUUGAUUGUGUACUUGUGUGUAUGUGUGCGCGUUUAUAUUUAGGUUUUAUUCAUCCCUUGGCUUUUUGUUUAACCUCAUUUGUUAAAAACUCUUUUUGUUGUUGUCUGUGUCAUCCCUCUGCCAUAUAACUAAUUAUGGUUAUAUUUUCUCAUCAAUAUAUACUUUACAAUACUAGGCUUUGUAAAGUAUUCUUGUGCACUUGAUUUCAUUGGUUGCAGAUAGCAUUGCGGUGGGUGCUAGAUGUAGUCUGUCGGAGUCCAUAGUUUCUUUUGUUUUGACUUUCUGUUUAGACAUUUAUGAGUUUGUGUAAGCAGCAGGUAAUGUAAAUAGUGUGAGCAGUACAGGUUGUGCAGUGCUGUGACAUUUAAACAAUGUUACAAUUAAAAACUGGUCUCUCAUACUUGAAAUUUA